AUUUAGUUGAGAAAGUAGUUAAAAACAAAUGGCGCUGGGCAUGAAUAGAGGACAAGAAGAAAAGAGUGGAGACGGGAAGCCGUUUAGCACUUUGAGGGAGCCAGGUGCUUGCUUCUGCAGCGCAUGUUUUCGACGGCAGCAGCGAUCAUUGAUGACCUUACCACCCUUUUACGCAAAGUCAACAGCACCACAGCCUAUCCCAAAGAUGUACGAGUUGAAGCAACAGGUUUACUGCAGGCCAUGUCUGAACCAAGUUUCAGAUUCAUCGCUGAGACGGCACACAAAAUCUUGUCGUAUCUCGCCCCCCCCUAACACAAUGCCACAGGAGGAGGACAUGGAUCUGUUUACAGGUUUGCAACUUGUAAGUUCAGCAUGUACAUGUGUUGGAAAUCUGCGCUCUAAGACAGAAUUCAUGGCACUCUUCCGGUGCUACAAGGAUGCAACAGAGGAGCCCGUACUAAAGAGACAGCGCACACCAAACACAUCCUUUGCUAUGUAUGUAAUUACACACGAAGAUCCCAACAACGAAACUGAGCUGCGCAGGUUGUAUUUCAGUUGUAUUGAUGCAGUUUGUGGGGAAAUGAAGGAGCAUUUUGGGGAGCGCAACUGUAUGCUAAUAUUGGCGCUCAAAUCUCCUGACCCGAAGGAUUCUACUUUUUUGGAUGUGUCCAAAGUGAAACCUUUACUGGACCUUUCUAUACAGCCAUUGUGGAGUUGGAAUAUACAGUGGCUCGCCGGUUCCUAAGUGAGCAAAUGAAGGUCUCAUCCCCAACUGACGGGGGUAAAUGGACAAUGAAAAAAGUUCUAAAACACUUCCACAAACCUCUCGAAGCAAUGCCCAAGCGUGAUGACAGCGCUGAAACACGCUUUUACUUUGAGAACUCUUUUUUUUCAUACUAUCCACGAUUACAACAUAAGUUUAACCUCCCAAACAACAAUUUUUUCAGAUACUUAUAAAUCAAAGACUAUGUACGGAAAUAUCUUCCAGGAUUUGAGACGCAGGAGCUUUCAUCCCUAGACUGGUGCCUAUCUACGUUGCCAUUUAACGAUAAUUUUAUCUCCUGUCUUCUGAAAGUUUCAAACUUAAAUGGGAAAUAAAAUGGGUAUUCAAAUUCCAGACAAUAUUUGGGAAGAGAGUCUUAAGCAUAUACAUAAAUGUUCAAAUAAUGCCAGACACUGCCUUAUACAGUUUAAGAUAUUACACAGGCUUCACUUUUCUAAGGUUAAAAUACACACCAUUUAUCAAAACGUCUUGCCUAUGUGCGAUAAAUGUCUGACCUCAGCAGUAACCCUCUUUCACAGUUUUGUAUCAUACCCAAAAUAAUUCCCUUCUGGACACAUAUCUUUAAAAGCUUCUGAGAAAUCACCAACACUCCAUUGGAACCAGACCCUUUACUGAUUGUCCUCGGAACAUCUGAAAUGUUGAGUAAAAACAGCAAUUCCUCUCCUACUGUCUCAUCACGGCAAAAAAAUUGAUUUUGAUGUCAUGGAAAGGGACAAUAGUCCCUAAACAUAAGAUGUGGCUCCAAGACCUGACUAAUACAUUACAUCUGGAAAGGAUAAGAUAUGUAAUGAAGGAAAACUUAGCACAAUACAUUAAGACCUGGCAACCCUUUGUUUCUUACCUGUCACAGUGAAAGUUAUAAAAUACAUAUAUACACUGUUUUACUACACCCUCCGAGUGAGUUAGAGGAGAAUUUAAUAAUUUUUCAUGAUUGAUUGGAACAACAAUCGUUGACAUUUGUCCAGUAUUAAAGGUCCCAUGACAUGAAAAUGUAACUUUUUAAGGUUUGUUAACAUUAAUAUGAGUUCACCCAGCCUGCCUGUCCAUUUGUUUUUCAUGACUGAUUGGAACAACAAUCGUUGACAUUUGUCCAGUAUUAAAGGUCCCAUGACAUGAAAAUUUAACUUUUUAAGGUUUGUUAACAUUAAUAUGAG